AUGAAUCAAUCGGAGUCAAGGGAAAAUUUAGUGGAGAAUGAAGCGCGAGCUCCUUCUAUGCAAUCUCUGCAGCCACCUACGGAGUAUGUGCUCGGUCAAACUGAAAAACAUUUUUUGCUAAGUGCUGAGAGAGGAGACUGCGCUACUGUCCGAAGGCUGCUGGAGGAGCAUAAGGACCACCCGGAGAUCCUCAAUAUAAAUUGUGUGGACCCGCUGAACCGGUCGGCAUUGAUUGCGGCGAUCGAGAAUGAAAAUGUAGAGCUGAUACACAUACUUCUUGAGUGGAAAAUCCAAGUUAAAGAUGCGCUUUUGCAUGCAAUUAAGGAGGAGUAUGUCGAAGCGGUUGAGAUUCUUUUGGACUAUGAGGAAAAGAUCCAUGUUCCAGGAGAACCUUACAGUUGGGAAGCCUUGGAAAGUGGUGACUAUAAUUUCACACCAGAUAUCACGCCGCUGAUUUUAGCAGCUCAUAAAAAUAAUUAUGAAAUACUUAAGAUUUUACUUGAUCGCGGGGCUACUUUACCGUGUCCUCAUGAUGCAAGAUGUGGUUGCGACGAAUGUGUAACGUCGAAUGAUCAAGAUUCGUUACGUCAUUCACGCUCACGCAUAAAUGCUUACCGCGCUCUAACAUCAUCUUCUCUGAUCGCCCUAUCAUCACGAGAUCCUAUUCUAACUGCCUUCGAAUUAUCCUGGGAAUUGAGACGGCUAAGUCGUAUGGAACAGGAGUUCAGAACCGAUUACAAUGAACUGAAAGAACUAUGUCAAGUAUUUGCGACAUCGCUGCUGGAUCACGUACGCACUUCACACGAACUUGAAAUAAUUCUCAAUUACAAUCCAACCGGUGAUAAUUGGGAGCCUGGCGAAAGGCAAACAUUAGAAAGACUUAAACUUGCUAUCAAGUAUAAGCAAAAACAGUUCGUAGCACACCCCAAUGUCCAACAAUUGCUGGCUGCAAUUUGGUACGACGGACUACCGGGUUUCCGGCGGCUGAGCAUGGUCGGGCAAUUAAUAGAAGUCGGUAAGCUUGGAGCUAUGUUUCCGGUGUACAGUACCAUUUAUAUGGUAUCACCUACAUCGAAAAUGGGAUUAUUCAUGAAGAAACCAUUCGUUAAGUUCAUCUGUCACUCGUCUUCUUACGCGUUUUUUCUCAUGUUACUCGGAAUGGCGUCACAGCGCGUUGAAUAUCUUGCAAUUGAGUUAUUUGGAACCGCCUGGAUGAGAGAAAUUCUCGCUGGAUGGAAGAAACAUGAGCGUGGGUCUAUUCCUGGCUUUGUUGAAAGCGGAGUGAUUAUUUACAUUAUUAGUCUAGUGACGGCUGAAAUUCGAUCUCUAUGGGCGGAUGGUUUAUUGGAAUACGUAUCUGAUCUGUGGAACAUCGUAGACUUUAUCCAAAACACGUUUUACGUGGUCUGGAUCAUGAUGAGAGCGACGGCCUGGUUCGUUGUGCAGAGAGAAUACUGGAGCGGAGAAGAUCCUUGGUACCCACGAGACCAAUGGGACGCCUUUGAUCCCAUGUUAUUAUCCGAAGGAGCCUUUGCAGCGGGAAUGAUCUUCAGUUUCCUGAAACUGGUCCACAUCUUCAGCGUGAACCCUCACUUAGGACCGCUCCAAAUUUCCUUGGGCCGGAUGAUCAUCGACAUUAUUAAAUUCUUCUUUAUCUACACUCUAGUACUGUUCGCGUUCGGCUGCGGAAUGAACCAGCUGAUGUGGUAUUACGCGGACCUAGAGAAGGCCAAGUGUUACCACCGAAAUCCAGAUAUUCCCGAUUUUGACAAUGAAGAAAAAGCUUGCUCGAUUUGGCGACGAUUCGCUAAUCUUUUCGAGACUUCGCAGUCGCUUUUCUGGGCCAGUUUUGGAAUGGUUGAUCUCAUGUCCUUCGAUCUGACGGGAAUUAAAAGUUUUACCAGGUUCUGGGCCCUGCUGAUGUUUGGAUCUUACUCGGUUAUCAAUGUUAUUGUUUUGCUGAACAUGUUGAUUGCUAUGAUGUCCAAUUCUUAUCAAAUUAUCUCGGAACGAGCGGAUACUGAGUGGAAGUUUGCGCGAAGUCAUUUAUGGAUGAGUUACUUUGAAGAUGGUGAUACUGUUCCGCCACCGUUUAAUAUGGUGCCUACUGUGAAAUCCUUUAAUAAGAUUAAUCCGUGUGGUAAAACUGGACGGCCAACUAAAUCAAUAAUGAAAAAAAAUCGCGAGAAAGCUCAAGAAAGACACGACGUAGUAAUACGAAUCCUAGUCCGUCGUUACGUAACAGCAGAGCAGCGAAAAAGAGAUGACUUUGGAAUAACAGAAGACGAUGUUAUGGAGAUCCGUCAAGAUAUUUCAACUCUGAGGUACGAGUUGAUUGACAUACUUCGUCAGAAUGGAAUGCAGACUCCAAAUGUUGAUCAAAAUGAUGCGUCAAUUUCUGGUAAAAAAGGCCGUGUAAUGGAGCGAAGAUUGCAGAAGGAUUUCCAGAUCGGUAUCGUCGAAGGAAUAGUGAACUCAGUAAUCCAAAGUGAAAAGGAACCUAAAGAUGUCUUCAGUCAAUUAGCUCGGGCGAUUGGAAAAAGAGCUAGUGGAAGCAAGAAGAAAGAUUGGAACGCCGUUGUACGUCAAAGUACGAUUGCAAGAGAUCCAAUUGGCAGCAGAACAGACGCUCAGAUUCGUCAGACACGUCGCAGUCUCAGGAUUCAUCAACGGAACCAUCCAGAGUCAGAUUUAGCAUCUUUGGAUCCGAAUCGGCUGGUCGAAUACAACCCCAACUUGUCGGAAGUAUCUCCAGCGACUCGAGUCGCUUAUGCCAAGUUUAUCAUGGGGAAGAUGAACAAGGCGGAAUUGAAUCGAGCUGUUUCGUUUGAAAAAGACGAUACUGCAAAUGGGGGAAAAGAUGGUAAAGAAGAAAACAAAACAGUAUCAAGAUCCUCGUCGAAGGUAACAAUAUCCGCUCCGGCUCAAGCUAAGCCGAACCCGCCAUUAUCAGCCGCUGGAUCGGUGAGCGGGUCGCUUAGAAAGACUCUGCUUAAAGCCACUGCGUCGAUGAGUAGUCAAGACAAGGGAGAAUCUUCGGAAUCCAGGAUUAUUCCUUCGCCGAUACCUGAAGAGCCCGUUGACGACGAAGAGAAGAAAAAGAAAGAGGAGGAGGAGAAGAAGAAAAAAGAGGAAGAAGAAAAGAAAAAGAAAGAAAAAGAGGAAGAAGAGAAAAAGAAGAAAGAGAAAGAAGAACAAGAAAAGAAAAAAGAUGAACAACCUCCAGCUCCGGCUAAAACUGUUCCAGAUAAACCCAAAUUUUACAUUCAUGUUUUUAAUACGCCUUUAUUAGCUUGGUCUGCAGCUGUGACACGAAUUCUUUCGAUGUCAUUUUUACCGAUUUCAAGACGUCUAAUUGACUUAAAAAUUCACACGCGUAUUGAGGACCGAUGCACAAUUCAUAGAAUUAUAUUUGAAGAAGUUGAAAAUAGGGCUUAUAAUAGUAAACGCUUUUCGGUGUUGAUUUAA